AUGAACAGUCGCAGUGAGGCAAAUAAUCUUGAAACUGUUGAAAAUCAGUCUAAAACAGAUUUGGAUGAUAAAGACUUAUCUACAUUAAAAGAUCAGUUUGAACGUGAGCGUCAUGAACUUUUAAGCCGAAAGGAAAUUCUUGUUCGCAAGCACGAAUUAGCUCGUCAACGUUUUGAAUUGCAAUUGCAAGAAGAACAACUGGAAUUGGAUACAGCUAUAUCAAUUGCAACUGCCAAGACCUCUGUGAUAGAUCUUGAUGAAGAACCUCCUAAAGUCUCCUCCGUUGUUAAUCGUAUGUCGUACGUAUGUACGUAUACCUAUGCUGUAAAUUUGUGGUUGUAUGGAACGUUAUUAGUUCUGUUGAAUGAAUACUAUGUAAUAGACGACUAA